CGUCAUCGGCGUGCACAGCCCUGUUGUUAUUGCCGCUCUCUUGCUCACUCGCGCUCCUCCUGUUGAUAGCACGCAUCCAACACACACGCCCGAACAACAUACACAACACACGCACAAGUGCACAAAAGCACACACAAUACACACGCACAAGCGCACAAAAGCACACACAAUACACAACACACGCACAUACGACACCAUACGCACAUACGCACAGCACGCACACACACAGCGAUGCCGCGCGUAUUGCCUUUGUUGUUCGCGGUGGCGUUUGUGACUUGCUGUGCCCCUUGCACAUGCGUCGCCGCAACCACGACGACGACGAUGACUUGCGUGCCAGACAACUUUGAUCAACCAGCUGCAUUUGUCACAUCCACCGCAAACCCGUAUCCCACGACUUCGUACCCCACUGAAGAAGUCUUCACCACGAGCCCGUACCCAUAUGGCACCACCAACCAAAACUCAAACACCCCGCAAGGCACCACCACUCCACACACAACGACGCCGUCCGUGACAACAACGACCACAGCAGCAGCGACCAACGCGGCGCACAGCAACAACUUCUUCUUUCGCGCCUCCCCCAUCUCCGGAGACACCACACCGUUCAACGCCACCAUCUGCGAGGGAGACGUGGACUGGUACGAGAUCGAACUGUGUGCACGCGGGCACCUGGACGUGAGCUUGAGCACCUAUGGCACGGGCAUCCGCGCUGAGCUUUAUACCGCCGAUGGCGCCAAAGUAUCGACGUCUCUUUCCUCCUCUCUCAGCUUCGACAACGGCGAAAGUGUUUCCGUGGUCGUCGUGUACCUGUUCGUGUAUGGCCACGGCGGCGCGCAGGGCGAGUACACCGUGAGCGUUGAUAUCGACUGCACAACUUGCAGCGGGGCCGGCGUGUCCGACAUCACGCUUGACUGCUCCAACGCAGAUUCGCGUUCCGCGGUUGCGUCCUUGGGCGCGUGCGAGGUGGCGCAGGUGGUGGAGUGCUGCUGCGAGGAGUUCUACGGCCUGCAGCGCGUGACGGGGUCCGUGACCCUGGCCACCACCACGACGGCGCUUCAGUUUGGGCAGGUUACGCACAUUGGCGGGUCUGUGAUUGCCCCCGGCAGCGGGGCGCAGCCUGGCGUGCUGUCCAUAGUUGACUUUGGCGGCCUCGCCUUUGUCGGCGGAGAAGUGAAGAUGAAGCACAACAGCGUGAGCAGCCUGGACUUUGCGCGCGUGGCACAUGUUGGAGGCGACAUCCGCAUCAACCACAACCACAUGCUCAGCGUGGCGUUUGGCAGCCUAACCCACGUCGGCGGGCACCUUGCCAUGCACGACAACGCGCUGUCCAGCGUCGACUUUGGUGCGCUGCUGUACGUGGCUGGCAACCUGACCCUGUACAACACGCUCCUGACCAUGCUGAGCUUUGCUGACAUUGCGUGGGUUGGCGGCGACGUGGUGUUGCGCUCCACGCCCAUAUCCACGCUGGACUUUGGCCAGAUGACACACGUUGGCGGCACGCUUGACAUGAGCGCCAACUCUGUCAGCGCGUUGGAGCUGGCUGGCAUCCAAUAUGUUGGAGGUGACGUGACCAUUGCCAGCGCGCCGCUGACCACCCUUGACUUUGGCGCCCUCACUGAAGUUGGCGGCGGCUUCGAGUUAACGUACUGCUCGCUGCCUGCCGUGGACCUCCACAACAUUGCGCGCGUGAACGGCAGCAUCCGCAUCAGCGCCAACAGCGUGACGAGCGUGGACCUAAACAGCCUGACCUUCCUUGGCGGCAGCCUCACCCUCAGCCACAACAGCGUGGCAACGGUCGACGUGGGCCAGCUGCAGCACGUGGGCGGCGCCAUCACCAUCCACAGCACCCCGCUUGCCAGCAUUGACAUGAAGAACGUGACGGUGAUUGGGGGCGGCGUGAACAUUUCGAGCGUCAGCCUGCCCUCGUUUGCGCUCCCCGCUGGCAUGACCACGCUGCCCUCCAGCCUGCGCAUCGAGAGCACGGGCCUAAGCAGCAUCAGCUUUGGCGGCGUCACGCACAUCGGCGGUGACCUCAUUCUCGACAACAACGCCCUGUUGCACCUUUCCCUGGGCAGCAUUGUCUCAGUUGCGGGCACGUUCUCUGCGGCGGGCAAUGCUAUGAGUACGGCGGCGUUUGGCCAGCUGGCGACUGUUGGCGGCGACAUUGUGCUUGGCGGCAACUUGCUGGUGACGAUUGACUUUGCCAGCGUGGCUGCUGUUGGUGGCAGUGUUGACGUGCACGGCAACAGCCUCUCCGUCGUGCAGUUUGGAUCGCUCACGGCGAUUGGAGGCAGCCUGGACCUCUCGAGCAACGUGCUGGCCAGCACGUUUUCCUUUGGCUCGCUGCUCACCAUUGGCGGUGACCUGGAUCUCAGCAGCAACAGCCUGCAAGGUAUCAACUUCAGCUCCCUCAGCUCCGUUGGCGGACAGCUGCUGUUGCAGAGUAACAACCUGUUCAGCCUGACGUGCAACAACCUCGGCACCUGCCUCUGUUUUGACUUUGGAUUUGCACCGCUCUUGUGUCCCAGCUCAUGUCCGCCUUGCUCAAAGUGAUGUGAUGUUUGAAGAGGGAGAAGGGAGAGAGCCAGGGAGGGAGGGGAGAUGGUGGGGAGUUGUGUGUGUUUGUGCAUGUUUUUUGUGUGUGUGUGUGCGUGUGUGUGCGUCUGUGUGUACAUGCUUCAAGUUGCCUUGCUUUAGUGGUACACGUGUGAAUCAAAGGAUGGAAACGAG